CGAGCAUGCUGGGAUGUGUGUGUAACUCACACUCACGCGAACACACACACACACACACUCUAUAGGCGCGAUUGAACAGCUCGCGUGUGUGUUGCAGCGUCGCGCAGGAACUCAACAGGAGCUCGACCUUGACAGACUGAGAGACCAUCAUCAUCCUCCUCAUCCUCAUCCUCGGCGCGAGCUCCAGUUCAGUACGCGUGAAGCCCAGCUGGCACUUCCUGGGGUCUAAGGGACUGCUGCUGUCACGAUGGACGCCCAAUCACAAGGCCAGCAGCCACCGGUGCCAGUGUUUCAGCCACAGAAAAUCCAACAGGAUAUGGGCUAUAACAAUUUAGCCAAUUUUCACAUUAUAAAGAAGAUCGGAAGGGGACAGUUCAGCGAGGUUUGUCGAGCUACAUACAUGCUAGACCAUACACCGGUAGCUUUGAAAAAAGUGCAGAUAUUCGACUUGAUGGAUGCCAAAGCUCGGCAAGAUUGCAUCAAAGAAAUAGAUCUCCUGAAGCAAUUGAACCACCCCAACGUAAUUAAAUACCACGCAUCAUUCAUUGAAGAGAACGAGCUAAAUAUAGUACUGGAACUCGCAGACGCCGGGGACCUCUCACAAAUGAUAAAGCAUUUCAAGAAACAAAGACGACUGAUUCCUGAGAAGACAGUAUGGAAGUACUUUGUUCAGCUGUGUAGCGCACUGGAGCACAUGCACUCCCGCCGCGUCAUGCACAGAGACAUUAAACCUGCUAAUGUCUUCAUCACAGCCACUGGAGUGGUGAAACUGGGCGACUUAGGCUUGGGACGCUUCUUCAGUUCCAAAACAACCGCAGCUCAUUCUCUAGUGGGCACCCCAUAUUACAUGUCUCCCGAGCGAAUACACGAAAACGGAUAUAACUUCAAAUCUGACAUCUGGUCGCUAGGCUGCCUGCUCUAUGAGAUGGCCGCCUUGCAGAGUCCAUUCUACGGGGACAAAAUGAACCUCUACUCACUGUGUAAAAAGAUUGAGCAGUGUGACUACCCACCACUACCAUCUGACCAUUACUCUGAAGAGCUGAGAAAACUGGUAGAUAUGUGCAUCAACCCUGACCCAGAGAAAAGGCCUGACAUCACCUACGUAUAUGGCAUCGCCAAACACAUGCACGCCUUGACGAUCGCAAACUGAGUCUGCUACCCGAUUCUUCUUGCUUCUACUUUUAAGACCUUCGUCUGGCCCAGAAAUGUCAUUUAAAGCUUGUUUUGCUCCAUCGUAAUGCAACCUGGCAUCUUUCAGUACAAAAAAUACAACAUACGGCACAAAGCAAGGCCUUUGGGUUACUAGAACUACGUCAAAAAGACAAAACCGACCUUUACAUAUAGCACUUCUAAGAAGAAAAAGGAAAAAUAAGCAGUGUUGUAAACUGGUUUGACUUGAUUUUUGCUCUUUCCGAUGUUGGUACCAUGCGAUGAUUGCAUAUUUACCUCCAUUAGUUUUUUUCUGUCACUAGCAUGAAUUGUAAAUCUGAUAUGCUUUUGAAAAUCCCACAACAACCGUUCCAAGAACUUUUUCACAGCGAAACCUUACGAGAAAAACAUCUAUAAAAAAAGAAUUAAAAUUCCCCUUAAAAAGCAACUUUGUUGCCUUUCGAAAUUUCAGAGGUUUGUCGUUCUAUUAAAAGAGCAUGAGAUCAUAGUGGUAUUUGUCGCAAUUUCCAAGGACUAAAUAAGUAGUCCAUAUCUAAACCUUAAAAACAUGCAUUCAAUCCAAUUAUCUCCUGUCUGUCCUUCCUGCACCUAAACAUUUAUUGCAAUACUUCUUAGGAUUUUAAGCCUUAGACCUUUUAAAAUGCAUUAAAUAAAUCAUAGAUCAUGACAAUACGUUUGCGUUCGCCAGAUUUCGUGCAAUGCAUUCAGGAUGAAGUACGUUUCUCAAAGGCAAAUCCUUCCCAGUAUCCGCACCUCCACGGCUGAUAUUUGAACUUUGAUAAAUAAUCAAAGCAAAAGCCUAACAUGCAAUGCAGUAUCUUUUAAAUAGUCACACAUCUUUCAUAGUGCCUUGUUUCGUACUUCAGAAAACGCAAAAACAGUGCCUUUUCUUCCUGUAAACCAAAACACGUUUUUAUACAGAAUUGGCAACAAUUACAUCAUUCAGUCGGUUUACGACAACCGAGCAUCCUGAAAGAGGUACGUUUACAAACGACUUUUUCCAAAUGCAAUGUGCGAGUCCGUACAAUUCCGCUACGUUCACCAAAACGUCUUGACCUGUGCUGCUUUCCAGAAUGUGGCUUGUGAUCUUUGGCAGACUCGGUCUAAUAUGAGUUACACAAGCGUAUGAAGUUAUACUAUCCAGACAGCAGCUAUUACGCAGCACCUUUCGCAGACAGUAUGAUUUGCUGUGAUAGUACCAAGUAUAAAAUGGUAUGUUUUUUUGUAUCUUUAGUCGAGAGCAUUUUUAGUGUUUACCUUUUUCUUUUUACUGUAUUUUGCAAUAAUCACCCUUUUCUUUCGUCUUUUGUUAGCACCGUAACAGAUUAUGCUUGUUGCCUUAUCGAUAAUAGUAUGUAUUUAUCUUGAUGAGGCACGCGAGGCCUGUUCCAGCGAGAUCUGGAUCCUUUACCGCGGUAAAGCACACAUGAAUCAAACGCUCACUGUCUGCCAGACUGUACUCUCUCUACUUUCACCCAAAUCAUUUGGGAGGGGAAGGAAAGGCAACUUUUUAUUUAUUUGUCUUUUUUUGACGGUUUAUUUGAACAUGUUUAACAUUCUAGAUGCACAUUAAUUCUUUAUAUGCUAAUUGAAAUGAAAAAAA